AUGUUUAAAUCCCCCAUACUAAGGAAUAAGAUACUGUACUUGACCAAACAUCUAACGCCUAAAAAUGGUAAUAAGGUAGCGGAGGGAACUUCCAAAGGUUCAAAUAAACAGCCUCCUCGAAAUCAGGAGAAAUUCGUCAUCACUCCUGCUAAACUCACAGAUUAUUAUAGAAUUGAAGAUUUUCCUCAACCAACACCUAAAUUCAGGGAACUAGCAGCCAAUUUUUUCCUUCAUGCUAAAACACAAUUACAAUGGACCCUUGCUAGCUACGAAGAGAUUCCUGAUGUUAAAGAUGAGCUUUUAAGACAAAAAGAUCCUCAAUAUCAACCCAAAUUCAAAUCUCCAAUACUACCUGAGAUCUUAAUGCUUGGAUACACAAAUGCAGGGAAAUCUACUUUGAUUAACACUCUUUUGAAUGGUAUGAAACCCAAGGACAAGUCCAAAGAAUACGCUUAUUCCAGUAGUAGGGCGGGAUUCACUAAAACCAUGAAUAGUUUCAAUAUUUCUAAUAAAUUUGUUUUAAUGGACUGCCCAGGAUAUGGGAAGUUUGGUGAUGAAAAACAGGGGGAGAUGGUUUUAACUUACAUUUCAAAUAGAAAACAAUUGAGGAGUGCCAUCAUGAUCAUUGAUAGUACUAAUGGAUUCAGAGAAGAAGAUAUCUUGAUCAUCAAUCAUUUGGUAGACAAUGGAAUACCAUUUGAUAUAGUUUUCAGUAAAGUUGAUGUUAUAAUAGAGAGAAUUAUGAAAGCUCAUAAAGUACAGACUAAAAACAUUGAAGACGUAUCCCAAAGACUUAAAAAUAUGAAUGAGAUUGAAGCAGCCAAUAGUAAAAUCAUUCAAUAUUUCCAUACCAUGAUUGAAGACGUAGGGUUGAGUGGAAUGGCAGUCAGACCUAAAUUACUUUUCUACAAUUCCCAAAUCAAUAGCAAAACUAAUAAAAAAUCUGGUUUCGAAGAAAUAAGAACUACCAUUAUAGAGAGAUGUGAUUUAGAGGAGAGUCUCAAACGUCUUAGAUCUAAGAAAUAA